UGUCCACCAAUGGAACACUCGUACUCCACCAGCAGUGAAGAGUCAAUGCAAUCGAAUCUGGGAUACAUGGGCCACCCGUCGUUGUAUGGGAUGGUAGGGACGGAGAUGUCUUUCGUCCAGCCCACCUACGAGCCCUCAUCAUACGACUCGACUCCGUUCAGUUCGCCCCAGACGGUGGCCUCUUCGACCUUCGACAUGUACUACCCCAGCAACAACAACACCUUUACGGCCUCGCCCAUGGUCUAUUCGCCCGAAGCCUACUCGUUCCACCAGCUUCCAAUGCAACCGUCUUCGUUCCCGGUGCCCAAUAUCGAGUGGAUCCCCACCCAAUCCAGCCCGAACCCGGAAGUUGUUUACUCUCCCGUUGAAAGUUACGAGACCCUCAACGCGUCCCAACCCGUCAAGCCCUACACCUGCGAGGACUGCAACAAGGCGUUUACUCGGCCAGCCGACCUGAAACGUCAUCAGACCAGCGUCCACAAUCCUGUCUUCCAGGACUGUCCCGUGCAGGAAUGUCUCCGCAAGGAUGGCAAUGGGUUCCCUCGUCGAGACCAUCUGAUCGAGCAUCUGCGCUCCUUCCACCACUGGGACGUGCCCAAGCGGCGGGCAGCCAAGCGGGCCAAGACA